AUGGUGGAGGGACAAGAAAGACCAUUACCACAGCAAUUUCCUGCACCAGGAAAAUACCCUUGGCUGUUAUACCGUCAUGGCAAAGGCUAUAACGACCUAACCUUUUGCACGAUAUCUCCUUCUGGACCUGUGAAGAGCGAGCGAAAGAGGAUCCCAGAAUUAAUAGAUAAAACAGUUGUAUAUUGUUCUGAAGACGGCUGGUUAGUCUUGGCCGAUAUCGAGACCAAGUGGACGUACUCAAUUUGGAACCCCGCGACUUCACAAUGCUUUGAUCUUCCCCGUCUAAAAUCAAAGCUGCUCUUUAUCGAUAGUUUCUUGUCAUCGCCGCCAACUGAUCCAGGCUGUUUGGUAAUGUUAUUUGUGGCUAAAGCCCCGAUAAUCUUGUACUGCCGUCCUGGUGACCAAGAGUGGACUGAGUUUAAUUAUGGUGAGAGUUUGAAGGCCCAAACUUCAACCACAAAAGACAGCCGAGAAAAUUUUCUGUGUCAACCCGUAAGCUGCAAUGGUAGAAUCUAUGCGACAUCCGCAAGGAUUUUCUGUUUGAUGCGCAUAAACUUGGACAAGGAAUCCAACACUAUUUGUGGCAUAUCUUUAUUGAACCAGCAAAGGCCACCUUGGUACCACUUCCACUCAAUUCUUGUAAACCUUUGGUUGGUGGGAUCUGGGGAUGAGCUUUUCUCAGUUCACAGCUGUUAUGGCUCGCUAGACUUUUGCGACACCCUGACUAUUGAGAUCAACAAAUUCAACUUCCCAUCAAAUUUAUGGGAGAAGGUGACAAGUCUGAAUGGCCGAACCUUGUUUUUGGGCGAGCACUACAGCUUUUCGUGUCCGGGUCCAAUGGCGUCGUGCGACUCAGACUCGGACAUGGAAGAAGCUGGGAGAGGGAGUUGCAUUUAUUUCACUGACCGCUUUGAUGCAACGUUGUACUCGUACAAGAUCGAGGAUGAAAGCAUUACAACGUAUUUACCUUGCCCGGAUUUACCAAAACCAUGGCUUCUUUUUCCCACUUGGAUAAUGCCUGUUCAAAGGUCCGAGCACCAUACAACUACCAAAGAAGAUGAAGAAAUGCUGCCCCAAGAAAAUAAUGUUGAGGUCAAUAAUAGUAGCGCAGAGAUCAUCGAGGAAGAGGGACGCUUGUGCGAUCUCCCGCCAGAUAUGCUCGCAAUGGUCUGCGGAAAUCUUUCUUUUGUUGAUUACAUGAAUUUUCGUUGCCUUAAUAGAAUCUGUGCCUCCACCGUUAGGAUGAAAUCCAACUCACUCCCUCGGCCAUUUCUCAUCUUCUCCAAUAGAGAAAAAGGAGUCUAUGAAAUUGUUGAAUCCAGGCUACAGGGCAAGCACUCAGUCACGGUUCCUGAGGCUAUUGAAGAUCAUACAAUUCGCUAUGCCAAGGACGGAUGGUUACUGCUGGAUAAACGAAAUUCUGUUGCUCUCUUUAAUCUAUACACGAAGGAGAUCAUUCGUUUUCCGGAUACGCCUCGUGAGUGCUACACAAGCUUUGUUUUUACAUCCUUGCCAUCUUCCGCGGGUUGUUUCGUUUUUGCAAGCUUAGGAGUUGACAAAGAAGUCUGUUUCCACCAUUUCAAAAUGGGAGAGCAAGAAUGGAGGCAAGUGGGAUUUGGCCAAGCCGAAAUAAAAUUCCAGCCCGGUUUUAGCAGCCCGCUGCUCCACGGGGGGACUUUCUAUUACCUAAGCAAGGAUGGCAUACUUGGAGGUCUAAAGCUAGAAGCCGAAACUGAUAAUGACAUCAUGGAGAUGGAGGAGGAUGGAAAUGCCGAGGUUGAAGAUGGUAACUAUGUUAUGGAAUGGAGAAUUAAUCUCGACCUGGAAAGGCCUUGCAAGAAUUUUCGACGCACUUACUUGGUGGAGUGUGAUGAGAAUCUUCUGUCUGUAUUUGAGGGGCGCAGGGGAAAUAGAGUUUGGAUUCGAGUGUACAAGCUAAUUAACGACGAGCAGAACUGGCAAGAGAUGAACAGCUUGGGGAACUAUUCACUGUAUCUCAGCCGGUAUUCAUCUAUCGCCCGCCUUGAGGAAAGCCCAGAUAUGGCCAACAGAAUUUACUUUCCCAGAUUUUAUCAAGGUGGCCUGCUUUAUUAUUCUUUGAGCACCAAGAAGUAUCAUUCCGUUGGAAGCGACGAUUUACUGGACAACUUCUUUGGCACUACAAUGUACAACGAUUGCGCUUGGGUUGAUCCGAGACGGCGCUAG